GCCUUUAGGAAAUUAUCGAUCUUGUUCGUGGGGAAAGUAAGAAGGAAGCAGCUGCGCCUUUUGUUUCAUUGGGGGCGACUAUGUUAGAUCGGAAUCCAAAGGCCUGUCAGAUUGUGCCUCCCAUGGCCAAAUCUAACACGAGAAAAAUAUUAGUCAGAGUUGAAGAACAAGAACAAGAAGCUCAUCAGAUUUUAUAUUCUACUUCUUCAUCAUCUUCUUCUUCCCCACACGGGUUUCUAUCUGUCUGUGGUUGCAGACCCGCCAUUUUCACUCUUACUCUCUUGCUUUCCCUACUCUUCACUUUCUCCGAGGCUUCUCGCCCCAUAAUCGCUCCCUCCCCCCUUUCGUCUUCUUCUCCCACCAACCCACCGACCCCCUCGCCCUUAAAAACCCUUCACGGUAUCCACGUCGACCCUAUCAUCGUCACACUUGUAAUAACCUUCUCUGCCUUACUGACCUCUUUGAUUGUAAUCAUGGCUCUGUUCAAGUGCUUUGGCUUCAAACUCAAACGAAACCAGAAUCGUGUAGGAACUGCAAUGGAUACCACUAGUGGUUCUGAAAAUGUUGACGACGGUGAGAGUAAGAAGGGUCAGAAUUCAGUGAGGAAGUUCAGUUGGGAUGAAAUUGCGAGAUUCACCAACAACUUCUCCACGGUGAUUGGAUCCGGAGGGUACAGCACCGUAUACUUGGCUCACUCGCCGGAUUCCAGUAAUCGGUUUUGGGCUAUUAAGAUCCAGAACGGCAGCGAGCGUCUGAACCAGGUGUUCAGACAAGAACUCGACAUCCUUCUCCGUCUCGGCCAUCAAAGCAUCGUCAAGCUUCUCGGUUACUGUGAUGAUCGAGAGGAGGGUGCUCUGGUUUUCGAAUAUGUAGCCAACGGAAACCUACAAGAGAUUCUUCACGGCGAAGAACAAAGCAGUGUUCUGCCGUGGAAGAAUAGAAUGCUAAUCGCAUACCAAAUCGCACAAGCAAUUGAAUAUCUACACGAGCAAUGCGCCCAACAUAUCGUUCACAUGGACAUCAAAGCCUCCAACGUGUUGCUCGACAGAAACCUAAACUCCAAGCUCUGCGACUUCGGCUCAGCCAAAAUGGGAUUCUCCUCCACCAUCCAGCCGCCUUCUCCGGCGUUAAAGAAGCAGUUUCUGAUGAUGGGCUCCCCUGGCUACACAGACCCUCACUACAUGAGGACUGGCUUCGCGUCCAAGAAGAACGACGUGUAUAGCUUCGGCGUCCUGCUACUGGAGCUGGUGACGGGGAAGGAGGCCUUCUGCCCGGAAAAGGGUCAAUUGCUGAGUACGGUGGUGGGGCCCAGGCUGAUGGAUGGCGGGGUUUUAGCGGAGGAGGUGGUGGCGGGAAUGGUGGACAAUAGGCUGGGAUCGGCUGGCGGAUUUGACGUGGAGGAAGCGAGGACCGUGCUCGCGCUGGCCGCCACGUGCCUAAGGCAGUCCCCUACACUGAGGCCAUCUGUCACUCAAAUUUUGCAGACAAUCACCGACAGAAUUUCCUCCAUUGCGUUCGUAAUAGAGGAAGAGUCGCACCAUAAAUCAGUGAAAUCUUACACUUAAUCGCAGGGCUUAGACUGAUGUAAAAAUUGAUCUGAAAAUUUGAAUAAUGUUUCUGAUGUAAAUUUGUUGGACGUACACAAAAUUUCUCCGAGGAAAAAACACACAUAUAAGCGCCACAGCCUUGUAGUGUGGCAGAUUAAUAGGGGUUUUAGUUGUGUGAGUUAAAUUUUGUGUUGUAAAUUCCAUGGUCAUCUCGAUUUGUUUGGUGUGGCAGAUUACUCAUUACACAAUCUUUAUCAACAAGUAAGAUUGACGAAGCCUUAAAACUUAAAAGGAAUAUAGUUCUCUUUAGGCUAGAAUCGUUGUUCUUUUGCUUUUAGCGUUU